AUGGAUGCCAGCGGGAGUGAGUAUGAGCAACCCUCAUUGCCAUCGAGCAUGAGGAAGAGGAAGCGCUCAGCCGAGGAUGAUUCCUCACGGGCGAGGAAGAAGCGCAAGCCAGCGCUCGAUGAUCUCCGCAAGCUGCUAGUAACUUACCACGGCUUGCAGCAAAUGCAACGAGAGCUGACCGAGCAGCUCGCUCUGUGUGAACGCCAAAUUGCCAAGCACAAAUUUGGCAGCGUCUGGGGGAAGUCGCGCCGUCGCGGCUGCCGCGGCCGCCCAUACAUCUUUCCGCGCGUGCAGUCUCCACUGCGUGAGUUAGUCAAGAUGGAGGAAGACCUGCCCACGUUCUGGGGGCGCGUGGGAGAAUGGUUGCGGAGGUGGUGGUGA